CGAAGGUUGCAUUGAGACAAGCCACAUCACCGGCGAGCCAACAUGGCGCUGCCUGAUCGGCAGAUAUCGAAACCGAUCGGAAAGUUAAGCGUUCUUCACGCAACAUUCGUGACCUCGCCGCUGCACCGAUAUCGCUGCGUAGUUGCCGGCGGCGAUCGUGUCGUGUCCGAAGCUCUCCGCGCCUUCCACUGAGAGCGUCGAGGAGGCUUUCGGCGAGACGUGGGGGCAAUGACGUCACCAUGGAAGAGCUCGACGAAAACAGCAGCGGUAGCAGCAGUGGUGACAGCGAUGAGCCGACGACGAACGACGACGCUAAUCCACGUGUCGCUCCGCGGGAGCAGCGCUCCGAUUCUGAAACCUCUGAAACACUCGUCGACGAGGAUAACCUCGACGCACACCGCAGGAGGACGAUGACGUCGUACGCACGAGAGUUGUUCUUCCUCACGCUCCUGCUCCUGGCGAGCUGGGCGGCGUUGCACGAAACGGCCAAGAAGACGCGACCGGCGUCGCCUCCGCGACGCUUCUUUUCAAAACACUCGCCCGUAAAUGACUCCUACAGGGGUCAGCUGGACCCGGAGCGGGUGCACAAGUACGACGUGUCCCUCGUCCUAUACUACGCGCCGUGGGACGCCGCCAGCAUGCGGGCCCGCGACGCCUUCGAGUACCUGGCGUACCGGUACCGGGACCAGUUCGCCUUCGGCGCCGUCAACUGCUGGUGGCCCAACGGCCGCUGCCGAAAGCGCCACUCCCCCUCGCUCUACCCCAUCGUCGUGGCGCACGUCCGAGACUUCGGAGACGUCGUCUUCCCCAUGAACGUGACGCCCACCAUGCGGACGCUCGACGGCUUCCUCCAGCACGUCUCGACGCCGCUGGUACGCGUGACGAGUGCCGUCGACCUCGCGGCGCUGCUUCGACGCCACACGGCCGUCGUCCUAGGGAUCGUGGGCGACCCCAGGGGCGGCGCGUACGAGAGCUUCUACGGGUUCGCGCUGCAGGCGCUCACCCGAGACCCCUGGCGGGACGUCGCGUUCGCUGUGGCCGUGGACGGCCGUGCCGCCCUGGAGAUCGGCGUCGAGCACGCUGUGACGCUGUUCACCUGGAACGCGUCGUUGGGUUACAGUGAGAAAGGUAUGGACUACAAGACUGUGCUUGAUUGGACGUUCAACAAAGCUCGUGAGACUCGAACACUUCACUGGGUGUCUCCCUCUGGCCUGAAAAGCAGGAGUCUUUCGAAGCUCGUUGAGAACCAGUCAACGCUUGUCCUUUAUGCGGAGCAUGGCAGCCCAGAAUACUUUCAGAUGCAUCAGCUGUCCCAGGACUACAAGGCGUGUGACCUGAAAGGUCGCUUCUCAGGCCUCAGCUGCCGGACUAACAGCACUGUCAAUUUUGUUGCCCUGGAUGGGAGGCACUCGGAAUUUGCGCCACCUGGUCUCUUCUCUGAUGGCAUCCCUACUGCUGUCAUAUAUGCUACGAAGGAUGAAGCCCAGUAUGUUAUUCGUGGACCAGUGACCGCGCCCACGCUAAAGAAGCUCGUUGUUGACUUUUCUGAUCGGGUCCUGGACCGCCACCUAAACUCGGUUGGACCAGAUUCGAUCACACUUGGUAGCAGUGAUGGCCUUGUCGCCGAACUCAGCAGCAAGGGCUUCCGGAAGCUCAUGUUGGACACUACACGGGAUGCAGUCGUACUGUUUUAUGCGUCUUGGUGCGGCUUCUGCAAGGCCAUCUAUCACCACUUCUUUGCCACGGCAAGGUUCUUCAGGGGUUUCAAAGGCCUCAUCUUUGCUAGGGUCGAUGCAUUCAAGAAUGACCUGCCCUGGGAGUUCACUGUACAACAGUAUCCCACCAUCAUUUUCUUUUCACGGAAAAAAGCGGACAGCGUCCAGUAUUCAGGCUACAUCACCACUACUCGACUUGUACGCUUUGUGUUGCGACACCUUCGCCACGACGUGGCGAGGCAGUUGGUGAAGACGCUGUGUGAUUCGCGAAUCUGCCUUCUGCGAAGCCUGCGCAAGCUGCAGGCAUGGCGGCUGCGCUGCUCAAGGCUGAACCUUCCGCCGUCGAGGCUGGCCGAAACGCACCGUAGGGAAAAGACGUUACGCAAGAUGUUGCUGACCCGGCUACGAAGGAGAGGGCGCUCAUGAUGUUUGUGGUUGGCAUAGGGCGUUUUUUAAUAUGUAUAAAAUUUACUGUGGACAUGAACAGCAGUGGUGCAGCGGCUGCCAUUCUUUCAAGCAACAGAUUUUUCGAGUCUUCAGUGCGGGCAGCGGGGACUGCAUUGUCGAACGUCGGUGCGUGUGUGCGUGCCGUGUGACUUUUCAAAGAGACAGGGCUCACCGACUGCAUCCUGCCUGAAGAAACAUUCACCGUCGACAGUGUUUUAUAUGACGCACAGAUCCGUUGUGGCAUUGCCAUUUCCAAGCACAUUUCUAAGUGCUUGCCUUUUCUAAGCACAUUACAACGAGAUUACUGUGUGAGGCAAGACUCCCCGUAAUGAAAAUGUCAAGGCUGCAUUUGUGUCAGCGUCGCACGCACAUCACUUUCUCAGCCCGCAUGCGAAGAGGGCCGCCUUCAGCACGACCAUUUUUGGGAAUUUGAAUGCCACAAAUGUAGCGUCCCGUUUUCAAAAUGAUUGCUCUGAUAGCUGGGUCACUGUGGUUUUUUUACUAUGAUGCCCAGACGUAGAUGACAUUAAUUGAAUAUGGCCACUGCUUCUUCCACAAUACUAUGGCGGUGGAAGUGAUGUGAAGGGCCUUAGCGUGCUGUUUGACCAGUAGAACUUACUUUAUUAAAUUGCAAAAAGCUCUAAGAAAUGUCAUAUGAUAGUGCCAAGCACCGAAAUGAUGUUUCUGUCACAGAUUGUGUUUCUGUAGUAAGACACUGCAGCAUUUCCUGGCCGUGAAGCCAUUGUGCAAUCAUCAGCCAUCUAGCUUUGAAACAUCCUGGUGAGAUUCAAAUGAAAUGCUUUAUUGUAAUUUCUUUUCUUUUUGUUAGUAGUUCCACUUGUUUAUUGUCACUUAGAAUGAUUGACUGGAGUUUGCUCUGUCAGCAUCUGUAUACCUUGUUUGUCUUGAGUCUUUUAGGAUGAAGGGUGUUAGAUCUUGACUACUAAUUUAAUGUUGGGAUUUGUUAUGGUGAAGGAUUUCUUGGUUUAGCAGGGAGAAAGCUACUUCGUAAGUUGUGGACAUGCCUUCUUGUUAUACGUUCUACGGUGAUUGAAGAAACAGUGGAUUUCUUAAAUGCUUGUUACUCUAUUGAGUGUGAGAUAAUCUUUUUUUUUAUUUUGAGACAAAAAUUUUGCGAUUUUCCUGCAAUGCCUAUUUAUGGAGCCAUAUUGUCUUUUAAAUGGAUAAAUCCAAGCCGUACUUUCUGACACCAGAAAACAUUAGAAAGUGUCUUAACAGCUUAGGAAUGAUAUAGGUAGAGAUGUGCGUUAAAUGCCUGUUGUUUUCCUUUUAACUCCUGCUUAUAACUCUGAGUUAUAACUGCAAACAGAGUGUUGCACAAAUAUUGUGAAUUCGAAGCGUUAGUACUUUGAACUGCUUGCAAUGCCUUUUGCAGCCACCCAUUUUGAAUGACUGCUGUAAGCUAUUCCAUAAUAAUUUCCUAUAUGUCUUUUUCAACAUUAUAUAAUGACUGCGUAGUAAACAGAUUACAUGUCAGCUGGUGAAUCCAUGUUGAGAAUUAUUGAAGAUUGGUCAGGAAAGACAAUUAUGCUUGAAAAAUCUCAAAUGACUCACAUUUACCAGCUCUCAUUGGCAGUACUAUAGAUCUGUGUAGUUUGUUUUCAAAUGUAUUACUGUUCAGUAUGUAAUCAGAGACUGAGCCCUGCAUGAAGUAUGUCAUGCCUGAUCACAUUAUUUUGCUGUUUUCAGUUCAUGUUGACAAGAUUUACCAUUUUUUAUGGUAAUGUUUUUUUUUUGAGACUAGGCUGCUAGCAAUUACAGGAAGAAAUGAAAACGUAUUUUGCAUUUUUUUUCAACUGUCUCAAAACUCUCUUUCAAUGAUGUUAUCUUGUAAACUAGCUCUACAUUGUCUGGUGCUAAGAUAUAAAUAAGUUUAUUAGGGGUGAAACCUCUUUGCUCUAAGACAGUUGCAUAAACAGAACAAUUGCAGUAGACAUAAACAUACUCUUUCUCUAAUCAGCUUUAAACAAAUUUUGCAUUUAUGAAGCUGUCACUAUCAAGAUAAGCAACAGCUGUGUCCCAUCUACUCUUUAGCAUGGCCAAUUGUGUCAAGAAAAAUCUUGCCUUUUAUGAUUACAGCCAGGUAUAAUGGGAUAUAAGGAGUUGUUUUGAAGGUAAAUUUCUGUUGGCUGAGCAUUUCCACAACAGAUAUUGCUAAGGUUGCGAGUACCUCAUGGAGUGUUCUGAUGUUGUCCAGUUUUAUGUGGGUAUGAUUUAGUACCUCAUAGCUAGUUCUUACAGCAGGACACUGUUUUGACAGUGUCCUUUCAUUUAGGGGGAUAUUCCAUUUCCUAAUAGUCUUAAUAUAGUUUGUUGCCAUAGCUACACUACUAGUAAAGAUAUCACUAGUGAUAGUUCAGCACGCCUUAUACUGAUUUGAGACGCCAAAUUAUUUGCCAGAUUAGUCAAAGCUUUUCAAAAUGCAUGGAAUGUGUUUAUUAACACUGCUUUUCUGGUGCUAUGCAGAGAGUUUGCAAUGCCUGCUGCAACAAAAUUGUACCACAGUGCUAUAAAUUAAAUUAUGAAGAAAAUUCCCAUGCAAAAGCAUUAAGUGAUAUAAUUGGUGGUGGUACCUACAGGGUGCCAUGUAGUAAUAGAAUUUUAAGCUUUUCGAACUGUCCUUAAAAAAAAAGUAAUAAAUGAGAUGCUGCUACUGUCAAUGGAUCUGUGGACCAUGAAUGUCAGAUAGGCCCUAUGCCAUUAUGCAUGGUCUCCAAAUUUUCAAAAGUAAAAUUUUCUCAUGCUCACUGUGCAGCAAUGUUUGUAAGGCUUUGUGGAUUCUGCCAGAUUUAUGUUUCUAAAGAGUGAUUUGCAUUAAAUUUUGGUCUGCCAUUGGUGUGGACAAGUGCUCAACUCCAGAGCUUGAGGCACUCGUAAGUGCCUUGUUUGCUUGUCUUCUACCUUGGUGCUUGUGAAGCAUUGCGCAUACACACACAUGAACCAAUCAGGUGCAUGUACAGUCUUGAGCAAUAGCAAUGGACCCCUGUGAGAGUGUUGCUGGCCUGCACUGAACUGCAUCACUGUGCCAACCACUUCCUUGCCAAUUGAGCUCAUACCGUGCUGAGACCCAUGCAGACUGCACGUGCGUCCUAUAUUACUCACCAGCAUGACUGUUUGCUCGGUCUGAUAUGCUGCGCUACUCCUUGGUGAGUUCUGUAUAAGCCACCACUGCCUGCCAUAUGUGGCUUGGCAGGAUCUUGUUGUAGGGGCACCUUAUGGUGACCCGCUAUCUUCCAGCACAGCAUAGGACUGUUAACAAAAAAACAUGCGAGUAGUGCCAGCUGUCUCAAAACUGGGGCAGUGGAAGUGUGAAGCUUAGUAUAAAGCCAGGAUCAUGCCAAAUUAAUAUAGGGCAGAGAUGUGCACUGUGUGAGCCUCGCAAAUGAGCUGAACGGCGUGGAAGUAGGUGGCGUUGCGAUACGGUUCAGCAUAUUCCAUCCAUGUGCUCGCAGGGGUAAGUUACUUUUGCUCACGACAGUACAUGGAGACAUGAAGUCUUCGUGAACAUAAGAUACGUGAACACACAGUGAAAAUUUACGUGCCAAACUUUGGUUAGUAAUUCAGUAUUUAUUACUGCAAUUUGUUUAGGAAGCCUUCUGUAGAAGAGUAUAGUGAUGACUUAUGGCAUCUGUGAACAAAUUUUCCAUGAGAUACGUUACAUUUUAUAUUACCAUGACAUUCUUGUUUAUCACUAUACCUACCUCAAGAUGUUUUCAAGUUUUUUAUGGUGAUGAUACUAACCCAAAGGCUUCCUUCUAUUUGCAUCUUCCUUAUUUUUUUCUUGGUAUGGUCGUGUAUGAUUGCUUACUUAUGAUUUUCUAACUUUUCAAGUGUUUGACAGUUAUUAUUGAAUGUAAAAAAAUCUGGGGUGGUCAAGUCAGGGCGUGUUGGAAUGGUAGUCACGGCUGCUUUAUCAUGUUUACCGAUUUUUCACUGCCACUAUGAAGCAUUAGCUCUCACAAUGUACUAGUUCAUAGUUCACAUGCGUCUGUAAUAGUGUCCGGCUCUAGGGAUACGGUAUAUGAGGCUAGGAAUUGCAUAUGGUCCAACAGUGUUUUUUUUUUAUUAUCUCUAUACCUUGAAAGAGUCUAUUCCCUUCAUUUGUAUUAUAAGCACUGGUUCAGGUUUUUGGUCAUCAUGUAGACGUAGACUGCAAGACCCUGUUCGGUGAUAUGUUUUGUCUUGCGUGAUAUUCAAAUUAAAGUGCUGGUAUCUAGUGACGCCACAUAAGUUAAUUUUGUCUUCAGACUUCGUCCUGCUGAAUAGUGUCUGCAGUGGCUGCUGCUAAUGUUGCUGCAAGUGGCAUCUUUGUGCAUGCUGCAGGAAAUUUUGUGCCUUACUUUGGGACAAACUCUAUUACUUUCUCUGUACAGUCCGCCUAGGUUUGGUGGGGUGGUGAGUAAAUGGCAGCGUUUCGUCAAACUUUGUGCCAGCCACUUUGGUAAUGGUUCAAUAUGUCAUCUAUCAUAUGAUUAUUAUUCUUGCAUCAGUGAAAAUGCAGUGGUGCUGUUCUAAAGUUAUUCCUGUACUUUCAACGACUUUUCUGGGGAGUGUGUCGGGCUGCUCAAUGCAAAUAAUUUAAAUAAAUUGCUCGCAUCUCGUCAAUCUUU